AUGAGCCCGGCGGCGCUGGAGGCGCUGGACGCCGGCGGCGGCGCGGCCGACGCCGUGGUCGCGGCCAUGGCGGCGGCCUGCGUGGUCGAGCCGGUGCUGGCCUCCCUGGGCGGCGGCGGUUUCCUGCUCUGGGCGCCGGCCGCGGGCACCCCGCGGGUCUACGACUUCUUCGUCGACACGCCGCGCCACCCGAAGCCGGCCGACGCCCUGGACUUCCAUGCCGCGGUCUGCGACUUCGGCACCGUCACCCAGAGCUUCCACAUCGGCCGCGGCGCGAUCGCCACCCCCGGCAUGAUCCCGGGGCUGGUGCAGAUCCAGGGCGACCUCUGCCACCUCUCCCUGGCGCGGCUGCUGCGGCCGGCGAUCCGCUUCGCCCGCGAAGGCUUCGUGAUUUCCGAGCUGCAGGGCUACGUCUUCAGCAUCGUCGAGCCGAUCCUGGCCAACAGUUCCGAGCUCGACGCCCUCUACCGCGGCCGCGACGGACGGCGGCUGACCGCCGGCGACCGCCUGUGCCAGCCGGCGCUGGCCGACAGCCUGGAGCUGCUGGCGCACGAGGGCAGCCGCCCCUUCCGCGAGGGGGAGCCGGCGCGCGCCCUGCUGGAGCUGGCCGGCGCGGGCGGUCACCUGGAGGCGGCGGACCUGGCGGCGGCGCGGGUGCUGGUCCGUCAGCCGCUACACCGCCAUCAUGCCGGCGCCGAGAUCCUGACCAUGCCGCUGCCCUCCUCCGGCGGCCUGCUGCUGGCCUUCGCCCUGGACCUGGCCGAGCGCCUGGAGGCCGAGGCCUUCGGCAGCCCGGACCACCUGGUCGGCCUCGCCCGGAUCAUGGCGCUGACCGACCGCGCCCGCCGGGACAGCGGCCUGUCCGACGCGGUGGGCGAGGAGGAGGAAGCCGCCGCCGCCGCGCGGCUGGGCGACCCCGCCCGCCUGCGCGACUAUGCCCGGGCCGUCGCCCAGGCACCGCAGGUGGCGCGCGGGACCACCCACAUCUCGGUGGUCGACGGCGCGGGCAACCUGGCCGCGGCCAGUCUGUCCAACGGCGAGGGCUGCGGCCAUCUGCUGCCGGGCACCGGUAUUCACCUCAACAACAUGCUGGGCGAGGAGGACCUCAACCCGCGCGGCUUCCACCUCUGGCCGCCGGGCACGCGCAUGGGCUCGAUGAUGGCGCCAACCGCCGCGCGGCUGGCCGACGGCAAGCGGAUCGCGCUCGGCUCCGGCGGCUCCAACCGGCUGCGCGGCGCGAUCCUGCAGGUGCUGCUCAACCUGACCGACUUCCACAUGCCGUUGAGCGCGGCCGUCGCCGCGCCGCGUCUGCACGUCGAGAACGGCCUGGCCCAGGCCGAGCCCGGCGUGUCGCCGGCCGCCCUCGACGCCCUGGAGGCAGAGGUGCGCCGGGUCCAGCUCUGGCAGGCCCCCAACCUUUACUUCGGCGGCGUCCACGCGGUCUCGCGCGGCACCGACGGCUGGCUCGAGGCCGUGGGCGACGCCCGGCGCGGCGGCGUCGGCGAGGUCCGCGUCUACGAGGCCGGCCCCGGCGGCGAGGCCGGGCCGCCCGUGCUCGCCAACUAUCUGCAGGAGAGCGCGGCGGCGCACGCCGAGCGGCUGGGCGUCGGGGCCGCGCCGAUGGCGGCCGAAGGCCUGGCCUGGGUGCUGACCCGGCUGAAGCUGGCCCUGUCGCGGCCGCCGCGCCUGGGCGAGACCGUCGCGGUCGAGACCUGGCCGGCGGCGCUGGACCGGCGCUUCGCCCUGCGCGCCUGGCGUCUGAGCGAUGCCGCGGGCGCCCCCCUGGCCGACGCGAUCGCCCAUUGGGCCGCCUUCGACCCGACGCGCCGGCGGCUGGCGCCGCUGCCGCAGUGGAUCGCCGCGCGGGUGACGCCGGGCACGCCGCCGCCGCUGACCUUUGCCUCGCGCAGCCUGCCGGGGCCUGGCGCGGGCGCGGCGGAGGUCCUCCUCAGGCCCCGCCGGGCCGAGCUGGACGUCAACGGCCAUGUCAACAAUGCCCACCUGCUCGGCUGGCUGCUGGAGCCGCUGCCCGCGACGCCGGCCGGGCGGCUGCUGGAGCUCGACGCGGCCUUCCGCAGCGAGUGCCGGGCCGGCGACGAGGUGGUGAGCCGGGCCGCCGCGGCGCCCGACGGAGUCUGGCGCCACGCCCUGUCCCGCACGCGAGACGGCGCGGACCUGGUCCGCGCCGUCA